GCGCUCUGCCGAGAAAGGAAGAGAGGAAAGCAGAGGGUCGCUUCAAGCGGCGGCCUCUCGGCCAUUGCAGCUCUCUCCCCCUCGGCAGCCCGGCUCAGCCCCGAGGAGCUCCAGACCGAGGCCCAGGCGCCACCGGGGUCUCCAUGGCCGAGCGCAGGAAGCGGCGGCGGGCUUAGAGCGGGGCCCCCGGGGGUUGCUGCUGUCUCCGCGGCCGCUGGCUGGGUGAGGAGGGGCUGGCGUGAUGUCCGGGUGCGGGAUGGAGGCGGAUUACCCCGCCUUUGAGAAUCCGCUCUGCGGCGAGCUCAAGCACAUUUGCAAAAGGAUCAGAGAAACCUACAAGGAGAUCAAAGAGGACCUGACCCCUUACAAAGAUGAUCGCUACUACAGGUUGGCCCCGAUGCGAUUAUAUACGCUGUCCAAACGCCAUUUUGUCUUGGUCUUCGUAGUAUUCUUCAUUUGUUUUGGUUUAACCGUUUUAAUAGGUAUUGCAGGUCCCAAUGUCAUUGAAUCUUUUCAAGUGAAAUCUCAGUUGAAUAAUGGCUCCAAGAUAAGGCCAUUUAAUUUAAGUUCACCACCGUUAUCUACUUAUAAUCAGCAGUUGUGGCUGACAUGUGUAGUGGAGUUGGACCAAAGUUUUGAUAACAAAUGGAAUGGCUUGAAAAAAAACUUCAAUAUGCUGGUUACAAUAAGUGGUGUAAUAGAGAAUGCAAGCGUCAGGUAUUUCAACAAGGAACUUCACAACCGGACAAGGACACUGAACUGUGCACAGCAAUGUGCUGAAUUUAUUGUGGUCCAUCUUGGUUAUCUGAACUACACUCGCUAUGAGAUCACUGUCGCCUUUGAAAACCUUCCUCCAAUCAAGCAUUACAAUUUCACAUGGAAAACCUAUAACUCAGCCUUCUCUCAAGUGGAAAUCUGGUUCCGAUUUGUCUUUGUGGUCCUUACUUUCAUCGUCACAUGUCUCUUUGCACACUCCCUGCGCAAGUUCUCUAUGCGAGAUUGGGGAAUAGAGCAGAAGUGGAUGUCGAUCCUCCUCCCCCUGCUGUUGCUUUAUAAUGAUCCGUUUUUCCCCCUCUCGUUCCUAAUCAACAGUUGGUUUCCUGGAAUGCUAGAUGACCUCUUCCAGUCGCUGUUCUUGUGUGCAUUGCUGCUGUUUUGGCUCUGCGUCUACCAUGGGAUCAGAGUGCAGGGUGAAAGGAGGUGCAUAACGUUCUAUUUUCCUAAACUCCUUAUUGUUGGUCUUUUGUGGCUGGCUUCUGUUACAUUAGGAAUAUGGCAGACUGUCAAUGAACUACGUGACCCAACAUACCAGUAUGGGAUUGACACAAACAACUUUCAGGGUAUGAAAAUCUUCUUCCUUGUGGUGGCAGCUGUGUACAUUUUGUACCUUUUGUUCCUGAUAAUCAGGGCAUGCUCAGAACUCCGAAACAUGCCCUAUGUCGAUCUCAGGCUAAAAUUCUUGACCGCGUUGACAUUUGUAGUUCUCGUCAUUAGCAUCGUUAUACUUUAUCUGCGUUUUGGAGCCCAGGUUCUGCAAGACAACUUUGUGGCUGAACUGUCGACCCAUUAUCAUAAUUCUGCAGAAUUCUUAUCAUUCUACGGCUUAUUGAACUUCUAUUUAUACACAUUAGCCUUUGUAUAUUCACCAUCAAAAAAUGCCCUGUAUGAGUCUCAGUUGAAAGAUAAUCCUGCCUUCUCUAUGCUGAAUGACUCAGAUGAUGAUGUGAUCUAUGGGAGUGAUUAUGAAGAAAUGCCACUUCAGAACGGUCAAGCCAUCAGAGCCAAAUUCAAGGAAGAAUCGGACAGCGAUUAAGUUUUCAUAGAAGUGGCCUGCUCUAUGAGAACAAAAGCAAUUUUGACACUCUUCCCCCCACCCCCUAAAAAUCUUUUUCCUGAGUCUACUGUUAACUGAUCAUAGACUUCUGUGGAAGGAUUUCCUGUUUCUCCCUUUCUGUUUACAAACCUAAAACUGAAGUGGGGGGGGGGAAGAAUAUAAUUUUUAGGGAAGAGUUAUUCUGUAAAAUCAAAGUGUACCCCCCCUUUUUUUUUUAGAAAACAGUUGUGAUGGGAUGCCUCCAGACCAGAUUGUUUGGGGAGCUUGCUGUGCAUUGUCACAGCUAAAACUUUGAUUUCCUCAUAGUUUCAUAACUAUUUACUUGGAAUGUAGUAUUGAGAUGCUUACUUUUUUACUCCAAAAUAAUUUUAUUUUGACAUUUGCAAACUGUGUUUGCAGAGAAGGGGAGAGAGGAAAUGCCCCAGCUCCCAAUGUCAUUCAACCCCAAACUUACUCUGAUUGGAAUCUGCUUGGCACUUUCAACACCUUGAGAAACCUCAAUUUCUGUUUUCCCAUUUCAGGGGUUGAAAGGUGGUGGGUUGGAAUUGCAAUUGUGAUUCAGCACUGUAUGUGACUUGAAUUAAAUGAAGGAGUUUUUUCAGUUA